CCGUCCUCCGAUCGCGGCGGCCCUGCCUGCGACCCCGCGUCCCCGCCGGCGGGAGCUCGGGGAGCACCGAGCGGCGGCACGGCGGCUGGCGGCGGCUGGCUGGAUGCGAGACCUGUGCGGACCCGGCGGCGGACGGCGGCUCUCGACUCCGGGAAGCAGCUCGCCCGGCGGACAAGCCCGAACGCGCUGGCCAUGGCCUCCAACUUUAACGACAUCGUCAAGCAGGGCUACGUGAAAAUCCGCAGCAGGAAGCUGGGGAUUUUCAGACGAUGCUGGCUGGUUUUCAAGAAGGCUUCCAGCAAAGGACCCAGAAGGUUAGAAAAAUUUCCAGAUGAAAAGGCAGCUUAUUUCAGAAACUUUCAUAAGGUAACUGAACUACACAACAUCAAAAAUAUAACCAGGCUGCCUCGAGAGACAAAGAAGCAUGCAGUGGCCAUUAUCUUUCAUGACGAAACGUCAAAGACAUUUGCCUGUGAGUCAGAGCUGGAGGCCGAGGAGUGGUGCAAGCACCUGUGCAUGGAGUGCCUGGGGACCCGGCUCAACGACAUCAGCCUCGGGGAGCCAGACCUGCUGGCGGCGGGGGUGCAGCGCGAGCAGAACGAGCGAUUCAAUGUUUAUCUCAUGCCUACACCAAAUCUGGAUAUUUAUGGAGAAUGCACAAUGCAGAUCACCCAUGAGAAUAUCUAUCUCUGGGACAUCCACAACGCCAAGGUCAAACUGGUGAUGUGGCCUCUCAGCUCACUGAGGAGAUAUGGUCGGGACUCCACGUGGUUCACUUUUGAGUCRGGAAGAAUGUGUGACACAGGAGAAGGACUAUUCACUUUUCAAACAAGGGAAGGAGAAAUGAUCUAUCAGAAGGUCCAUUCUGCGACACUGGCCAUAGCUGAGCAACACGAAAGAUUAAUGCUAGAAAUGGAGCAGAAAGCCCGGCUUCAGACAAGCUUGACGGAGCCCAUGACUUUAUCCAAAUCCAUCUCUCUUCCUCGUAGCGCAUACUGGCAUCACAUCACGCGUCAGAACAGCGUUGGAGAAAUCUACAGUUUGCAAGGUCAUGGCUUCGGUGCCUCCAAGAUGUCGCGUGCCCAGACGUUUCCCAGCUAUGCCCCUGAACAGAGCGAGGAGACCCAGCAGCCCUUGUCGCGGUCCAGCAGCUACGGCUUCAGCUACAGCGCCAGCCUCAUCCAAUGACACCCAGCGGCCACGGUGACAGUCUGCCCUGGACCUGCCUGAGGGUCCCUGCGCCCUCCACCUCCUGGAAGACCACCUGCAGUACCAAUUGACGCGGGCCAGGUCUCGCCCAAUCCCAUGGGAAGGUUAAAAACUGGAGUUCGCUUCCUUGAUUCAGCGGUUAAGUCCUUUAUUUAUUGAAUUUCUAUGGGGGAAUCUGUGUUUUACAAAAAUAGAAUCCAAAUCGUAUGAACAGUCAUUUAAGCAAAAUUCUUUGGGUCUGACAGUAGCAGAAGCCUGGUCCCUGGGGGACAGCACCCGCACUGGGCUGUGCCUGGGAACGGGCCCCUCCAGUGCCUGAUUCAGUCCUCCUGUCUGAGCACAGGGUCUGUCCUUGGACAUAGCCAUGACCCACUCCGAGCUCUGUGACAGGGACAAAUCCAGUGAGCUCCACAAAUGGCAUCUUAACUCUAAGUUAACACAGAACUAAGACCAAUGACAAUAAGGGAAGGUGAAAUUAGAGCACUCUCUCUUGAGCAGGGCCCUGUAGCUCGUGUGUGUGUGUGUGUGUGUGUGUGUGUGUGUGUGUGUAGACAACUAUAGAUAUGGAUAUCACUGUAUCCAUCUAUCUACCACAAGUACAUAUCCAACAUGCCGAGGGUGACAGGAUAUGCUCACUUAAAUUGUUGAAAACUACGAUUCGUUGCAUUAAAACUCAGAUCGUUAUAUUGAAUAGCUAUUUCUAAAAUAGUGCUGU